AUGGUCGAAACUCCAACACCAACAACAAUCCAAGUUAUUGGAGCUGGCCUACCAAGAACAGGUACAAAUAGUAUGAAAAAAGCAUUAGAAAUUAUUUAUUCAAAACCAUGUUAUCAUAUGUAUGAAGUUAUAUUUAAAAAACAAUCUGAUAUUGCAAAAUGGCAAGAGCUUAUUGAUGAAUCACAUAAGACAACAUUAGAUAAAACAAAAAUUUAUAAUGGUUUAAAUGAAUUAUUAAAUGGUUAUGUAGCUACAACAGAUCUACCAUCAUGUGCUUUCUACAAGGAACUAAUGACUAUGUAUCCUGAUGCCAAGGUUCUAUUAACAAUACGUGAUAAAUAUGAUUGGUUAUAUAGUUUACGUAAAGUAGUCUUACCAAAAUCGACUGAUCCAUGGAAACUUAAAAUUGAAGAAGGUGAUCAAGUAUUAGGAAUUGAUUCAAAUUUUUAUAAAAUGAGUGAAGAUUCAUUAAAAUUUGCAUUUCAAAAAAAUCAUAUUAAUUUAGAUGAUGAUCAAAUUCUACUUGAAUGUUAUGAUGAAUAUAACAGGUUAGUACAAGAAAUUGUACCACCGGAACGUCUUCUAAUUCAUCAUCUUGGUGAUGGUUGGGAAUCAUUAUGUAAAUUUUUAAAUGUUGAUAUACCAAAUGGUAUAUCAUAUCCUUGUGCAAAUUCACAUCAUCAAAUGACACAAUUAACGGAACAAUUAAUUAAACAUAAAUCAUUGGAUGAUAUAAUCCAUAUGUUUCCUGGAUUGAUAUAA